CAUGUGAGACACAGUCACGCAGACACUUUCUCUUUCGCUUAGACUAAAGAAGACAACAGUUUCAAAACCCUCAUUCUCCUUUGUUUCAACAGCCAGAGAAAGGCUAAAAAAAAAUAAAAAUGCCUUUCAUAUCGAAAAUCAAGAGACAAACCGAUUACAAUCUCUUUCCUUCCUCAACUCCCAUCGUCAUCGACAAUGGGGCCUCCUAUUUUCGUAUUGGCUGGGCUGGAGAAACAGAGCCACGUGUUAUUUUUCGCAACAUUGUUCAAAGACCUCGCCACAAGACUACGGGCGAAACUGUAAGUAUAGUUGGUGAUCAUGACCCUGCAUUGUUGAAGUACUUUGAUUGCACGCGCUCUGGGCCUCGGUCAGCGUUUGACAACGACGUCGUUUAUCAGUUUGAGAUUAUGGAAUAUAUUCUGGACUUUGCUUUUGAUCGGCUUGGCGCAAAUGGGUCAGGGAUUGAUCAUCCAGUCCUGAUCACGGAAUGUGUUUGCAACCCUGUUCAUUCUCGUAGUAAAAUGGCAGAACUUCUUUUUGAAACUUAUGGAGUUCCAUCAAUAGCAUUUGGUGUUGAUGCGGCUUUCAGCUAUAAGUACAAUCAGCAACAUGGGAUUUGUGGUCAAGAUGGUCUUGCUAUCUGUCCUGGAUUUUCCACUACUCAUGUUAUUCCAUUUGUUGGAGGAGAGCCUGUUUACAGAGGUUCCUGCCGAACUAAUAUUGGUGGAUACCAUGUCACUGAUUACUUGAAACAACUUCUUUCUCUUAAAUACCCUCAUCAUAUGGCUAGGCUUACAUGGGAGAAGGUUGAAGACCUGAAAAUGGAGCAUUGUUACAUUGCACCAGAUUAUUUUUCAGAAGCUCGACUGUUUCAGAAAGGGACCAAAGAAGCUGAGGAUAAGACCAGGUGUUGGCAGCUCCCAUGGGUUCCACCACCAACUGAGGAACCUCCUUCAGAAGAAGAGAUUGCAAGAAAGGCAGCUAUCAAAGAGAGACAAGGGCAACGUUUGCGAGAGAUGGCUGAAGCAAAGAGGUCUUCUAGAAUAAAUGAACUGGAAAAUGAAUUGCAUGGUUUGGGGUUUCUUUUACGGCAACUUGAACAAGUGGAAGCGAAUGACAUUCCAUCAUUCCUUUCAGCCACUGGCUAUGUCUCCAAGCAGGAAAUAGAAUCUUCCCUUGCAAAAGUAACACAAUCGUUACGAAAAGCUAAAGGUGAACCAAAGAGUGAACAAGCUGAAGUUGAGGAGAAGACAGAAGCUUCUAUGAAUGAAAAGUAUCCUCUUAUUCAAAUUCCUGACAACAUGCUGACCUCUGAGCAGCUUAAGGAGAAGAGGAGACAGAUUUUUCUUAAAACCACAACUGAGGGGCGCCAGCGAGCUAAACAGAAACGUGUUGAUGAGGGAUUGGAACGAGAAAGAAAAAAUCAAGAAGAUGAAGAAAGACGCUUAGAGAACCCUGAACUUUAUGCUGAGCAAAUGCGGGCUAAGUACAAAGAGCUUUCUGAGAGAAUUGACCAGCGAAAACGACUUAAGACCAACGGGAGCCACACAAAUGGAAAUAAUACAUCUGGAGGGGUGGGCCGUGGUGAGAGAUUGAAUGCUGCCCAGAGGGAAAGGAUGCGCCUCUUAACAACGGCUGCCUUUGAUAGAGGGAAGGGUGAGGACACUUUUGGUGCAAAAGAUGAAGAUUGGCAACUCUACAAACUGAUGAGCAGAGAUAAUGACGAUGAUGACGAGGGAGCAGAAGCAGAUGAAGCUGAGCUGGCCCGCGUCUCUUCUAGGCUGCAGGAGAUAGACCCAAAAUUUGUUCCCAAGCAAGAAUUAGUACUUCCACAAUCUGCUGCCGAGGCACCACGGCUCCGUCCUCUUACCAAGGAAGAUUUCCAAAUUGUUCUUGGGGUUGAAAGGUUUCGCUGCCCUGAAAUUUUAUUUCAUCCCAACUUGGUUGGAAUUGAUCAGGUAGGGUUAGACGAGAUGGCGGGGGUAUCAAUAAGAAGAUUACCAUCGAAGGACGAAGAUCUGGAGCAGAGAUUGACAAGUUCAAUUUUCAUGACUGGUGGAUGCUGUCUUUUCCCUGGUAUGAGCCAGCGCUUAGAAGCAGGAAUUCGAAUGAUUCGACCUUGUGGGGCACCCAUAAACGUGGUUAGAGCAUUAGAUCCAGUUCUUGAUGCAUGGCGGGGUGCUUCUUUAUAUGCUGCUAAGUUGCAGUUUACAGAACAAACAUUUACUAGAAUGGAUUAUUAUGAGAAGGGUGAGGACUGGCUUCGUAGGUAUCAGCUGCGGUAUACAUUAUAAUCAGUUGCUCUUCCCACUUGUCAAUCAUCUCGUGACAUGAGAUAGCAAUUAAAAAAUUAGUUAUAUUUAAGACCAAAAAUGUUGGAUUCUCCGGCAGCUCAUUCAGAUUGCUGCCAUUCUGAUGAUAUAAUUUGAAUACUAUUUUAGCUUUUAUAAAUGGAUAGAUGGCUGCCACAUAUAUAGUGUUC